AUUGUGGGCCCAGAAAAUGGAUGUCUUUUUAACUAAACAGAUUGCUAUCAGCCUCUCACAGCCGACUCUUAUUCCUUUUUGCCUGGUCAUUUCCUUUGCCGAGUGUCUGUAAGAACCACCCACUGGAGUGUUUCUCAGGAUUAUAGGUUUUUAGGUCAAACAGAAACCCAGGGAGCGCCUGACACAGCCCUGCACUCGCAGUUACAUUAUACACCGGCUGGAUGACAUGGACCCCGCUGCUGGUGUGUGUCGCAUGGAGGCUGUUGUCCCCGAAUCUGUGGAGAUUCUCUUACAGUGUGGCCAGCAGCAACAAGGCAUACAGGGUAAGAGCAUGGCUCUGAAGUCCUGAAGCUUUCCUGUUGGGCUGAAGGCUGAGUGUAGGAAGCUCCCACCCCUCCAAUUCAUUUCAGAAGCUGGACCUGCGGGCCCCAUUCGCCAGCAUCCUUUGUCAUCCUCAGCAUCCACGAUGGAUGAGACACCGGAGCCCCCGGCCAUGACUGUCCACCUCCUGGCCAACGCGGGGCAGGGCUUGCUUUUGCAGCAAACCUUGGACCGGCUCCUAGACUGCAUUUGCCCAGAUAUCCGUCUCUUUCUCGUGUCCGAGCGGGCCAGUCCAGUGAAAUACUACGACAAGUGCCACUCCAAGCGGUCACGCUUCCCGGGGAUGUCUGUUCUGCUUUUCUUGCAGGAGAACCUAGGCGAGGAGAGGCUCUUCCGCGUGCUUGACUCCCUACAGCAUUGGCCGUGGCAGUGCUACCCCACUCAGAACGCCCAGGGAAGACCCUGCCCCUACAUUCUUGCCAAUCAGGAAUUCUACAGUCUGGACAGCCAGAUGCCCAUCUGGGGUGUGAGGCAGGUGCACUGUGGCACCGAGAUCCUGAGAGUGACACUCUACUGCAGUUUUGAUAACUACGAAGACGCCAUCCGGCUCUACGCAAUGAUCCUGCAGAGAGAAGCCACCUUGCAAAAGAGCAACUUCUGUUUCUUCAUGCUCUACUCCACUGAGACCUUUGCCCUGCAACUCUCCCUGAAGCAGCUGCCCCUCGGAACAUCGGUGGACCCCAAAGAGGCUUCAGUGUUGCAGUUCAAGGUCCAGGAGAUUGGCCAGUUAGUGCCUCUUCUACCCCAUCCCUGUGUCCCCAUCAGCCGCACCCGGUGGCAAACACAGGACUAUGAUGGCAACAAGAUUCUGCUUCAGGUCCAGUUGAAUCCAGGACUUGGUGUGAGGAAUGGUGAGCCUCCUUUUCUGAAUGGCACCUUGGGAGCUGACACUCUUCCCCAUGGCUCCAGGCUGACCCCUGUCUCUGCAAUCAGGACCCUAGAGUUGAGGAGUCGAAGGAUUCGGGGCAGGAGGUUCAAGGUGGGCUCCGUGGAGCGGCCUGAGCCUGGUGGGCGGCCAGUGUCAGACGGUUCCGGUGACACCUGGUUGAAAAGCCCUGGUGGCUCAGCUCAGCCCAGCAGCCCAGCCACGGAAUCCCAACCGCAACUGUCUUCUCUUCACCUCGAACCCGGGGCCAGAAUGAAGGUCCUCGGCCGGGAAAACAGCUUCGAGAAGCUGGAGGUAGAGACCAAUGUUGACACUGGAUUCACUGUGGUCAGUUCUGAACCCAGGCCAUCUUUUGCAAGUGGAUUUCCAAGGAAUCUUCAGACCCACUGGCCACCAUCAUGCUUGUCAACCUCUUUCUCAGGGUCAGCUGCUUCCAAAAACAACAGGAUCUUUAAGGAAAGGGUUCACCCCCUGCCACUUGCUGGCCAAAGGGACCUUGGUGCUAAGAAGAUACUCUCAAAAUGUCCCCUUCCUCUGCCAGUCCAAGGUGAAGCAAAAGAAGGAGAAAAAGAAUUCUUUAUAUAGCAUAAGACGACUGUGGUUUUCUAAAACUCGAGAUCAAAUAGGAUGUUCUAGAAAUGCAGCAGUGACCCAGAAUCAGCCUGUUUCUUGUUCAUCUGAGGGGGCCUGAAUGUGAGCCAUGCAUCGAUCUGCAUCACUUUUAUUUCAAAUGUUCCAAGUCUAGUGGCGCUGUGUGGUGUUGAUGAGUGGUUUUUAUUCGCUGUCGUGGUCCUGAGGGAAUGCAGCCAACACACAGGGAAAAAGCCCAAUGGCUCACAUCCUUGGGGACACUCUAACCCAGCUGGGUGUGUUGAGUUCAGCCUCUAUCAGGAUAAUUGCAUUGUAUGCAAAUGAGUCAGAUGUGUUAUGCAAUGCUGAUUAGUGACUGUAAUUUGGUUUUAAUUUUUACUUGGGUUGCAUAGCUCAUGCCCCCGGGACAGCAUUGGACUAUUUAUUCUUUAGUGUUUUUUUAAUUUUUAUGUGACCUCAUUCGGUAACUAGGCCCUGUUCACCACGAACCCCCCAGUGAUUUUUGCCUUGUAAGUUGUUUGCAUCUGGAAUGAGUUAACAUGCAAAAUGUUUUGAAAAUUGCAAACAUUUUUUUUUUCCCUGUUUAAUGAGCAGCAACCCUGGAAGCCAAAAAAAAUCAGGUUAAAAGUGAAAGCUAGGCUCCAGGGUUUUCUCACUUCUCCAUUUCUUGUUUGUUUCUGUACUACUCUAGUGGGGCCAGUGGUUCAUAUAAUUAAGCAGAGCAGAGUGGAAUGUGACUGGAUGAUUCGAAAUCUCCACCGAGUGUGGCAGGAAGAUUGCAUUGGUUUCGUCACUAGAGCAGGACUUGGGUUCUUUUGGCCAUGUACAAAUGGCUAAAUUCCUUUCUAAUUCUCAUUCAUUCAUUUAUGCAUUCACUGAUGCAGCAAAUUGUAUCAAACACCUCCCUUUGAAUAAGACAUUGACAUGGUGCACAUAGGUUCUGUGGCCAUCAAACCCAAAACUUGUUUAUGGUUUUGCCUUAUGAUAAAUCCAUUCUAUCAGCUUUUAAGAACAUGUUGGAGUGCAAACAUUUCCCUGGGAAACAUUUCCACAAUCGAUACCACACUUGCUGCAUCAGAUUGUAUAAAGAACCCGUAGCUGAAGAUUGGGCAUGCUGUGAACUGCAAUUCUAAUCAUAAUGGACAAAUACUUAAUUGCUCACAUGGUGUCUUGUUUGAUUGGGUUGAUACUCACAUGUUCAAAAACACCUGAGGUCUGUGUGUUUCAGUUAAUUUAUAAGGUUAUUUUAUUCCAAGAACUUCAUUUUCCAAAACAGAUGAUAAGUGACUAUAAAUGCUGAUUUAAUCGCUGGAUCUUUUGAAGACCCUAACACUUACUACACCCAUUUGCAGAGAAGGGUGAGUUCAGACUUGAGGAUGAAUCUCAUGGUAGCGAGACUGGACUGGGUUUAUGUGCUCUGUCUGUCUAAAAGAGUAGAAAUGGAAGACAGCUGCAAAUGGACAAAGACAAGACUUAUAAAUGGAUUUUUGUCCUUACACUAUCAAUAUAUUCUCAUCCCCAUCUUUUUCUUUCCCUCAGAUUAGAGUUAGAUCUUAGAAUGUGGAAUGAAGAACUUUCAGUAUAGUUUUCUAUAAUAGGUGUUUAAAAAAAAUUAGUCUUAUUUAAACUGAACUGUUGAGCUGCCUUGAAAAGCACAGCAGGAAGUUUUGAGGUUUCUUUCUGGCUUUUUUGAGGUUAUCUAAUUCCUUUAGCAUAAUACAUGUGUAAGAAUAGAAGUACAUGGAAAUCAUGAAGAACAUUGAGGAAUUUGAAUGAUGACUUGUAAAAUAAGAGUGUGCUUGUAAAGUGUCACCUUCUCUAUCCUCCUGCUCAUGACAGGAAUUCAAUUUACCACGUGAUAGGAGAGAAGUACCAGUGGGUGGAUGAGAAAGGCCCAAAUUUGGGUCUUAGUUUUAAAAUUUGCUGUGUAUAUGUGACCUUAAACCUUUGCUCUUCUGUUGCCUUAUCUUCUGCACCAAGGUUGUUAGAAAAAUCAACAUUUGCAUAUGCAAGCAUUUGGAUAUUGUUAAACACUGUAAACAUGUAAGAUAUUAUAAUUUCAAAUGAUCCUUCAUACCCAUAUUUUUAAAUGUAUUAACAAUAAAGGAUUUUUAAAAAACAACCUUUAGUAAAAGCAAUGAUAAAAGGAAAAAAGAAAAUCCAGUUCUCUCAUAUUUUUGCAAUAUGUGUCAUUUUUGUUUAUAUAUCUGGAGGAAAAUUAUAGGAUCAAAUAUAUCCUAAAAGUUCAAAAGAAAUUACAUAUAACAAGAGAUAAACUAUGAACUAGUCUAAUCCAAUUUAUCAAAUUAUCCAGAUUCUUUACUUACUUGUACUGUAUUUCUUGAAAUGUAAAAUGUAUCAUGAGGGACUUAUGAUGAUCAGAUAAUUUUAUAUUUUUUAUAGGUAUAUUAAAACUCAGUUGCAUUUCAGUUGUUUGGCUCUUUUUAACCCCCAUAGUAUUCACAUUUUUUUGCAAGCAUUAUUUGGAUAUUGCUAAACAUUAAUAGAAAUGGUAACAUUUGGAAGCUUGCAAAUGUGUUUGUUAGAGGAAGUUGUCGUUUAGUUACUGAGUCCAUGGACUGUAGCCCGCCAAGCUCCUCUGUCCAUGGACUAAUCCAGGCAAGAAUACUGGAGUAGGGUGCCAUUGUCUUCUUCAGGCAAUAUUCCCAACCCAGGAAUUGAACCUGCAUCUUCUGCACU